UGCAUCAGUUCAAUGUCGAGAAACGAUAAGGCAAUAUUGUAAUUACAAAUUUCAAUUACUCUCCAAUGUUUGAAGUCGUAGAUUGCAAAAGUUUUUGAAAAGCAGAUGAUUGCAUUCCUUCCGAGUAUUGUGGGGGCUGUGAUGUCGGAAAAGUGUUAACAAAAGAAGUAUAGUAAAGUGUUCAAGUUGUUUUUUUUUUCUCGGACUGCUUGUUCCGGAUCUUUCUUGAAAGUGAAUUUUUGUUGUGGUCACAUCUCGUUAGGUUCCGAAAAUGAAUUCGUUCUUGCGGGGAUCAACCAAUUACGUGUGGUGUACGACCAGUGUCUUGGGUAAGGGUGCUACCGGAGCAGUGUUCCAAGGUGUCAACAAGCACAAUGGCGAACCAGUGGCCGUCAAGACGUUCAACCAGCUUAGUCAUAUGCGGCCGCACGAUGUCCAGAUGAGGGAGUUCGAGGUGCUCCGGAAGGUGAAGCAUAACAAUAUCGUCAAACUGUUGGACAUCGAAGAUGACCAGGAAGGUCGCGGAAAGGUGAUUGUGAUGGAAUUGUGUACCGGAGGGAGUUUGUUUAACAUCUUGGAUGAUCCGGAAAAUACAUACGGGCUUCCACAGAGGGAGUUCCUACUGGUGUUGGAACAUCUGUCCGCUGGAAUGAAACAUUUGAGGGACAAUAAUUUGGUUCACAGGGAUUUGAAGCCAGGAAAUAUCAUGAAGUACAUUUCCGAGGACGGGCAGACGAUUUACAAGCUGACGGAUUUCGGAGCAGCACGAGAGUUGGAGGAAAAUCAGCAGUUCGUUUCCCUGUACGGAACGGAGGAAUAUCUCCAUCCGGAUAUGUACGAGCGAGCCGUCUUGAGAAAAUCUAUCAAUCGGAGCUUCACAGCGAACGUAGAUCUCUGGUCCAUCGGAGUAACACUGUACCAUGUGGCAACGGGAAACCUUCCAUUCCGUCCGUACGGCGGACGCAAGAAUAAGGAAACGAUGCACCACAUCACUACCAAGAAAGCUCCGGGAGUGAUUGCCGGUACGCAGACCAGCGAAAAUGGUCCCAUCGAAUGGGCUCGACAUCUGCCACCACACUGUCAGUUGCGGGCAGGGCUGAAAUUUCUCGUCACGUCACUGCUGGCAGGUCUUCUGGAGGAAAAUCAAAAGCGUAUGUGGUCCUUCGAUCGGUUCUUCUACGAGGUACAACAUAUCCUGAACAAGAAAGUGCUGCACAUUUUCUACACCAAUCAAGCGACCUCCAUCGAAGUGUACAUGGAUCCGGAGGAGACCUUCUACAAUUUGAAGGAGCACCUCCUUAUACAGACAAAAGUGCCGCAUAACGCGCAGCUACUGCUGCUAGAGUCGGAGCUGUUUGAGCUGAAGGUUGGAGCCAACAGUAGCGCCCGCGGAUAUCCUACCACGGAAACGGAAAGUCCCGUCAUGCUUUUCAACAUCGAAAAUAACAACGUAACGCUUCCCAGCGAGCUGGAUCUACCGAAGUUCCCUUCGUUCCCGAGUGGGGUGUCGGUCGAAAACGAUGCCAGUUUGGCCAAGGUUGCGUGCAGUGUCGGUCACGAAUGCAAGCGACGGGUGGAGACUUUCGCCAUGCUGGAUACGCUGAUGAACAAGGCGGUGGAGCAGUUCGCGGGGCUGCUGACGAACUUGCUAGCCAAAUUGUCACAGCGGGUCAAACACCAGGAAGACGUUGGUAAUUCUGUUUGGGAGAUUUCUGAUCUGGUUGAAAUAGCUGUGUUAAAUAACGAAACCUACCACGACAAGGCUUCCUCGGUCCACACCGAAAUGAACACCCUGAAGGCGGCCUUUCAGCGGGUAUCGGACCCGGUCCAGCAACUGCACAACCGUUUCGUGUUGGAAGAAUCGCUGAGCCGCGAGUGGAUCACUGCCUAUCGGGACCUUCGCAGCCCCAACAAGAAGCGCGUCAACGAGAAGGCCAAAUACCUGGUGGACCGACUGCGCGACUCCUGGCAGCAUUUGCUGCGCGAUCGUGCCACCCGGUCGCUAACCUACAACGACGAACAGUUCCACGCGCUGGAGAAGAUCAAAAUCACCGAAACGGGCAAACGGGUCAAAACGCUGCUGAACGAAGACGUACGGCCUGCGGUGGAGCUGGAAGCCGAAUGUCUGGCCGAUUGGUACAAAAAGGCACAGACGAUCUUCCUGCAGACGCAGUUUCUGCACAAGGAUGUAAGUUCCCACGAGGAAACGCUGUACGACAUCCGCGAUCGCUUGAUUCAGAUCAAGGAAGACUUGAAGGAGGACAUCAAGAACGAUGGAGAAGUUUCCAAGAUUGCCAACGAGACGACCGUGAACGAGCAGAACAUUGAAUGCAUGAAGAAAUCCAAGGAGAUGCAGAGCUACCUGAGGACGUGGUACAACUAUCAGCGGGAGAUCAAGAAAAUUCUUCAGCAGAACAGCGAAUUGUGCAGUGUAGUUCAGAAUUUUUCCUUGACCGACGAAGAGACUACAUGAGAGAUUGUUGUUUAGAUUUUAAAUUGAAGAUCAAUGUUUUAGGCUGUUCCACUUAAUUUAUCUUAAAUACAACGGACUGGUUGUAAUAUAUUUUACAAUAUAACAAAGUAUUCUCUAUUAUUUUACAAUUGAUAAUCUAAGCGAUUUUAUAUUAUAUACCAUA